AUGAAAUUGUCAACUAUUUUUUCCGCCAUCAGCGCCGUUUCCGCCACCGUCGGUAACACUGUCGAUGACUGUACAUUGGACCACUCCGUCCUUUCCGGCGACACCAGAAUCUUCUCCGCCUUCAACCGAAACAAGAAGGUCCCCCGCCCAGGCGCAGUUGGAGACGACUCGGCCAAGAUCAAGUUCACUAUUUACGGAUCCGUCGACACGGAUUACACUGGCUUCCUCCUUUUCUUUAAGCAAGACUGCGGCAUUGACUUCCUCCGAGCCCUCGAAGACGGCCGAGUAACCUGGGACAUCCUUGACCGAGGAAACUACUACACUCCAGAAUUUGUCUACCACCGAGUUGACAAGACACAAACCAAUGUUGCUCUCCAAUUCCGACACGCUGGUGAGCCAGCAUCCGGCACCGUCUGGGGCAACUCAAAGAAAGAUAUGUUCGCUCUUCAACUUCACGGACUCAAGAGCGUCAACUGGGGCAACUUCGACAUGAACACUUGCCUUACCACCGGUAUGGCCGGAAAAAUGCCCGACGGUAAAAUCCCCGCCGGCUCCUCUGUUGGCGACGACUUUUCCGCCUGCGCCGCCUGGGCCCGAAACAUCUGGUAA